AGCAGUCGGUGGGCGGAAAAGCGGCAGUGUGUUUCUGAAUGUGGAGGGGAGAGAGACAGAGAGAGAGAGAGAGAAAAAAAGCCAAACCGGGUUGUUUUUAAUAACGAGGAUUCACACCGGGGCCACGGAAAGCUUUAGCUCGUCGCCUGCUGUAAAUGGCGGUUCCCGCGGGUCACACGGACGUACAGAUGGACAGAGGCGCCCUGAGCGGACAGACGGUUUCCCCCGAAAACGACAUUGACAUCGACGAGAAAGAGUUGGAAAACAUCACAAAGAAACACCGAGAAGACGACACGACAACGCUGCCUUUGCACUCACCUUGGACGUUUUGGCUGGACAGGUCUUUACCGGGCACGACGGCUGCAGAAUGUGAAUCCAAUCUGAAGAAGAUCUACACAGUGCAAACUGUUCAGUUGUUCUGGAGCGUCUAUAACAACAUCCCUCCAGUCACAGCCCUGCCUUUGAGAUGUAGCUAUCACUUAAUGCGAGGAGAGCGAAGGCCGCUGUGGGAAGAAGAAAGUAACGCAAAAGGAGGCGUAUGGAAGAUGAAAAUACCAAAAGAAAGCACUUCUGCAGUUUGGAAAGAAUUGUUACUUGCAACUAUUGGGGAACAGUUUGCAGAUUACUGUGCUUCAGAUGACGAGGUCGUCGGCGUCAGCGUCAGCGUCCGCGAUCGGGAGGAUGUCGUACAAGUGUGGAAUAGAGAUGCGUCUCUCGCUAACGAAGCAAAUAUCUUGGGAAAGGUCUAUGAGCUGCUCCCGUACAUAUCUUUUAAAGCUGUUUUUUAUAAGUCUCACAUGGAACAUCAUGCCUUUGAGGGAGGACGCUCAAGACAUUAGAUUGUGAAGCACUUUUCCUUUUUUUUUUUUUUAACCUGAACUCUGUACCUGCCUUGUCGUAAAGGCUCUGUCCACAACCUAAUCAAGGAUAUUAUUUUGCUUUCAACAAGGAAAAUGUUAUCAAUAUAUUUUUAUAACUUUUAAUGACUGAUGCCUUGUUUCAUUUCGACAUGGGUCCUAAAGCUCUGAGCUUCGUCAGAGAAUGUAUAUCCAGCGUAAAUCUCAUCCAGAGUUUUAUCGGUUUGUGUCCGUUCUGACUUCCUGCUAUACUGAACUGCACUGUCACGGUCCUGUCCUCUGCACAGCCUAUGGACCUCACAAGUCAUUCCCCCCCGGUAUAGAGGUAGCGUUUACCUGUCGAACAUGUCAAACGUCUGCAUUCACAUCAUGUUUUAAUUAAGUCAGCUUGUACAGUGCCAAAGCACUUUUCUGCCGUUUAAGAAGUUUGUAUCUUAAUAAUGAAAGUGUUGUUUUUUUCAGCUGGACUUUUUCCACUUGGAUGGAGUGAAUGUCCCAUUUGGUUUCUUGAAUCUUCAUCAAGUGUGCGUCAAACUUAAAUCAGGGUAACGCUUUGAAAAUAUUGCACAUGACUACAUAUUCCCAUGUCCUUCAGUUAUAAAGCCAUCACAGGGAAUCAGAGCAUAAGCCAGCACUGACAUGGCCCUCAGAAAACUGUACAUUUGGUUUCCGAAGCAGCUUUAUUUAAAAGAGGAAAACCCGUCCUGAAAGGUGCCUCCGGGAACGUUCUCAGCCUCACCAUAUUAGACCUUUCUUUCGAUACACGUGUUGAAAGCAGAUCUCUCCCUUUCUUCCCCAAACGGAGUCAUGGAUUGUUUGGCGAACAGAUACUGCACAUUUUUGUGCUCAGCGAGUGGUGCUUUAUCGUACUUGUCUCUACUUGUUUCUUCUUCCGAUAAAUCUAGUAGUUUGCUUACUGGACUGUGUCCCCCGUAACAAUAACACACAGAGAAAGAGGCAACAUUAUUCGCUUUUAAGAUUGUAACGUAAGGUCAUGUUGUUCCCAUAUUUAGCAGGUUGUGUAGAUACAGUUUGUCAAGUGUCAUCAUUAAAAAGUCAAGCAGGAUGGACGCGAUGAAUUUCAGCCACCGUGGAGUCGAUGUAGGCGGCUGCUUUGGGAAACAGAAAAACAUUCGACUGACCUCUUUGACCCCAUCCAUACUGAUAAAUACCAUAGACGUAGAACAGCAUAUUUUUCUGUCAGAUCCCUUCACAAGUCUGCACAAUUUUUCCUGCAUUUUUAUCACUGAAUCUGAGUUACUUUCACUAACCCUGUUAACACUCUGUUGUUUUAUUGCAGUGUACACUGCAGUAGUCUGAAUGCUUCUGGUAUUACUGUGUCUCAACACUUUUAUAGAUCAACUCUGGACUGGUUGAUAGUUUUAAAGGGGCAAUAUUUCCUUUGUAAACAUGAUUUUUUUUGCAGUGACAUGGACAAAGUAAAUAAAAUGGAUCUGAAAAUACA